CGGAGGCGCCUCGGGUCGGCCAGAGGCUGGGACCCGGACCUGCAUCCGGUCGCCGCGGGCGUCGGCGGAGCCGCUUUGCCCCUGCGCCUCCCUCGCCUCGCCUGCUCUCGGGACGCGGCCCCCGCACUUGCUGGAUUUUUCAAGUCACAUUCAGUUGAUAGGAUGAAAAAAUUUAAGAGAAGGCUAUCCCUCACGCUUCGAGGAAGCCAGACUAUUGAUGAAUCAUUGUCUGAAUUGGCUGAGCAAAUGACUAUUGAAGAAAACAGCAGCAAAGAUAAUGAGCCUAUCGUGAAGAAUGGCAGGCCUCCGACCUCGCACAGUAUGCAUUCCUUCCUCCACCAGUACACGGGGUCCUUUAAGAAGCCCCCAUUGCGGAGACCACACAGCGUUAUUGGAGGAAGCCUUGGUUCCUUCAUGGCAAUGCCCAGAAAUGGAAGCAGAUUAGAUAUUGUUCAUGAAAAUUUAAAAAUGGGAUCAGAUGGUGAGAGUGACCAAGCUUCUGGGACAUCAUCUGAUGAAGUCCAGUCACCUACGGGUGUUUGUCUUAGAAAUCGUAUACAUAGGCGGAUCUCAAUAGAGGAUUUAAAUAAGCGGUUAUCACUGCCUGCAGAUAUCAGAAUACCUGAUGGGUAUCUUGAAAAGUUGCAGAUCAACAGUCCACCGUUUGAUCAACCAAUGAGCCGAAGGUCUCGGAGAGCUUCCUUAUCAGAAAUUGGGUUUGGAAAAAUGGAAACCUACAUCAAAUUGGAAAAGCUUGGAGAGGGUACAUAUGCAACAGUAUAUAAAGGAAGAAGUAAAUUGACAGAGAAUUUGGUGGCCUUGAAAGAGAUCCGGUUGGAACAUGAAGAAGGUGCGCCCUGCACAGCAAUAAGAGAAGUUUCACUGUUAAAGGAUCUAAAACAUGCAAAUAUAGUAACCUUACAUGACAUUGUUCAUACAGAUAAAUCUUUGACUCUGGUCUUUGAGUAUCUGGAUAAAGAUCUAAAACAGUACAUGGAUGACUGUGGAAACAUCAUGAGUAUGCACAAUGUAAAGCUGUUUUUAUACCAAAUUCUACGUGGUUUGGCAUAUUGCCACAGAAGAAAGGUGUUACACCGAGAUUUAAAACCACAGAACCUCCUCAUUAAUGAAAAAGGAGAAUUAAAGCUAGCAGAUUUUGGACUGGCCAGAGCCAAGUCAGUUCCCACAAAGACCUACUCAAAUGAAGUUGUCACACUUUGGUACCGGCCGCCUGAUGUGCUUCUGGGGUCCUCAGAGUACUCAACACAGAUUGACAUGUGGGGUGUUGGUUGCAUUUUCUUUGAAAUGGCUUCUGGAAGACCUCUGUUUCCAGGAUCAACUGUGGAAGAUGAACUGCACUUAAUUUUCCGACUGCUAGGAACUCCAUCUCAGGAAAAUUGGCCAGGUGUUUCUUCAAAUGAUGAGUUCAAGAACUACAACUUUCCAAAAUAUAAACCGCAGCCUCUAAUUAACCAUGCACCCAGGUUAGACUCUGAAGGAAUUGAGUUGAUAACAAAAUUUCUUCAGUAUGAAUCUAAGAAAAGGGUUUCAGCAGAAGAGGCCAUGAAACAUGUGUACUUUCGAAGUCUGGGACCAAGAAUACAUGCUUUACCUGAAAGUGUAUCAAUAUUCAGUUUGAAAGAGAUUCAGUUGCAAAAGGACCCCGGUUUUCGAAAUUCUUCUUAUCCAGAGACAGCUCAGUAAUUCUUCAGAGAGAACCUGACUCAGUGCAAUCAGGGAUCCUGAAAGCUGCAGAUGGCACAGAGACCUCUUACAAGUGACCUGGCUUGAUCACUGACACGCCAUCCCUGGCACCUGAGGCAGAAGACACAUCUGUGCUCCCCUAGUCAUCAGGCUCAUCACUUCGAAGCAUAGAAGCUGUAGACUGGCCCCAUCAACAAGAGGGUCCUUUAAGACAGAGCCGAUCUCUCUUACCAUGGAAUUAGCUUUUGCUGGUGGGAACAUUAGCUUCAUAGAGUCACCAAAUACUGUAUGUGGGAUAAAACUGAACCAUGAACUGCCUCAUAAAAUGACUUUAUAUUUUAGGACAUGGGAAGAACAGAAGACAGAGCAUGCUCUUUUAAGUCUGAUAACAUGGUUUCAAGCCCAGCCCCCAGCCUUUCUUAUCAAUCAAGGACUCAGAUCUGAAGGCAAUUAUUUCUUUUGGUGGACUUGGAAUCUUCGUUUGUCUACACUGUCCUCUUCACAGUGGAGUCUUUUUAUUUCAGACCUACAAAUUGUUUUUAUAUUUGUUGUCACAGUGUGACAAUUUUUUUGUACAGUUGGUUUUAAGGUCUUCUCUGCCAUUAGAGCCAGUAGGUUACAGCUGUUGAUGUAACUAUAGCUGCAGUUUUUGUGCAGGACUGAGAAACACAGUGCAUUAUUUAUUGCGGAAUCAUUGCUGCUAAAUAACUACUGUCUGUUUAUUUAACACAACAGUUGAUGCCUGAAGAAGUUGCAGUGGCUUUAUUAUAUGUGAAUGCAUCUGUUUCUCCUCACAAAUUGUUUUACUGCUGCAUUUUUUGUUUGUUUUUAAAAUUAAACUGCAUUGUUUCCUGGAAUGUAAAUUUAGCUUUGCUUAACAGUAAAAUAAGUGAGCCAACUUGAACACUCUUACGUUCAUGCUAUAUAAUUUUUUAUUGAACAUUGGCAAAUAGAGUAGCUAAGAAAUUGAUAAGCACAUUAUGUUUAGGAAAGCAUGUGAUGCAGAAGUUGAUUCAAGCAAGUGAAUACCUGACAUUUUGGGGAUCUCGAAUUACAUACCAGUAAAUUAAAGUACCAAAAUUAUUUAUUUUGACCUUUCCUCAUUUUAGAAAUACUUACUGCAUAUUAUUGGAUAUUUGUAUACUAACACACUUAACCUGUUUUACCUUGUGCUUUAAUUUAGUUAAAACAAACCAUGCAAGUCCAGUCAAACAUGAGAGAGCUUGUUUUGUUUAUUUGUCUUAAAUACAAUUCUUUUAUUAGAAUGGAUGAUUCUUCAUUGGGGAACAAUUUAUUUCAUUUGAGAGAUGUGUGUACAUGUGUGUUUUAAUAGCAUUCACUUGGAAUCAGCUGAAAGCUGUAAUAUGUGUUUGAAAUGAGCCAUGAUAAAUAACAAACGAGAGAAAUGAGAACUUGGAAGAUUGUUUUAAAGCAUUCUAGGUAUUAUCUGUUUACCAGAGAUAGUAAAUAUUACAGUUUUAAUUAUGCAUCUUUUUGAGCAUCAUAAAUACACCUUGGUGUUGGUAACAGUGCUUUAAGCAUUUGUGUUCACUUUUAAGGACUAUUUGUUUAGUGCAUCUUACCAACUGCGGAUCUUAAUUGCUAUAUUUUGAAAUGAUCAUGUAAAUUUGGGGCUUAUAUAUCAUGAAAAGAGUCAUAAGUUAAUUCAUUUUCCUGACAUUCACUGUAAAACAUUCAGGGGUCCUACCAUUUCUGUUCAGGAAAUCUUGUAGUUUAUUGUUAUUUAACAGUAUUAAGUGAAUUUUUGUAUAUUUCAUUUUAACUUUAUUUGUGAAUAGUGAUUGUGGCAUGUUUGGGGUGUUAUUUUAAUAUUUCAUGAUACUGAAGUUUUAAUUUUUAAAAAAAAAAAAUUUCUGGAAGAAACAGAUUCAUGUGUAAUGGUGAAUAUUGGACCACUACUGCUUUUCACAUUUGUAAAUUGGUUUUAUGUUAAACUCUGUAGCCUAACAAACUGCUGUUAUUUCUAACUGACAGACAUGUAUUAAUAUUGUACUUUGAAGGUUAUAAAUAUUAUGUGAAAAUUCCUCCAUUUUGUUUCAAAAUUUAUAAUAACAAAAUCUUCAUGUUGUUAAAAUGUG